UUAAUAUCGUGUUUUUAAAUCGUGAAAAGUCACUUUACAUAGACAGAGGCGGGGGGACUGUUUUGUGUCUCGGAUGUGUCAGCGGGGUGGUGCUUUGGCUUUAUAUAAAGGCAGGCGUGUCUAGAGCAGCUCAGUUCACACAGAAACUUCUCAUCCUCCCAGCUGCUGCAACAUCACACGUGUUUCUGACUCCCAGCUGGUGGAUUAUGUGGAAGCUGUUUUCACGAAGUUAACAUCUUCUUUUUUCUAGACUUUGAAUGCUUUCAGAACACGCUUUUGGAAAAUUAAUCUGAACUUUGUGAGAAGAUGGAUAACAAGGAGGAAUCAAAGAGUUGUUCUGUCAGUGCCCUCACCUGGGAGCAGGUGAACCGGCUGAAUGAAGUCCUGACGGAGGUCGUGCCCGUUCACGGACGGGGGAACUUCCCGACCUUGGAGGUGCGGCUGAACGACAUCGUGUCCCGGGUGCGCUCCCGCCUGGAGCUGAGCGGCAUCCCAGUAAAGGACGUUCGUCUCAACGGCUCCACGGCCAGCCACGUGUUGGUGCAGGAUGUUGGCUGGAGCUACAAGGACCUGGACGUCAUCUUCAGGGUGGAUCUGCCACACGAGGCCGAGUUCAGGCUCAUUAAAGACGUGGUGCUGGGUACCUUGCUGGACUUUCUGCCUGAGGGUGUGAACAAAGAGAAAAUUACACCCAUGACUCUCAAAGAGGCGUACGUCCAGAAGCUGGUGAAGGUCAACACAGAGCAGGACCGCUGGAGCCUCAUCUCCCUCUCCAACAACAACGGCCGCAACGUGGAGCUGAAGUUCGUGGACUCAAUACGCCGGCAGUUUGAGUUCAGUGUGGACUCCUUUCAGAUUGUGCUGGACUCCAUGCUUUCCUACUACGAGCUGGCACAGACGCCCAUGUCGCAGGCCUUUCACCCCACGGUGAGCGGGGAGAGCGUGUACGGGGACUUCAACAUGGCGCUGGGCCACCUGCGGAACAAGCAGAUCGCCACCAAGCGGCCCGAGGAGAUCCGAGGCGGCGGCCUGCUGAAAUACUGCAACCUGCUGGUGCGGGACUUUCGGCCCGCCAGCGAGGAGGAGCUCAAGGCGCUGGAGCGGUACAUGUGUUCCCGCUUCUUCAUUGACUUCCCUGACAUCGGCGAGCAGCAGCGCAAGGUGGAGGCCUACCUCCAGAGCCACUUUAUCGGCGAGGAGAAGAGCAAGUACGACUACCUCAUGAUCCUGCGGCGAGUGGUCAACGAGAGCACGGUGUGCCUCAUGGGCCAUGAGCGGCGGCAGACCCUCCACCUCAUCUCACUGAUGGCCUUCCGGGUGCUGGCGGAGCAGAACGCUAUCCCCGAUGCGUCCUGCGUCACCUGCUACUACCAGCCAGCGCCGUACGUCCGAGACCACAACUUCAGCAAUUACUAUGUGGCGAACCAGAACAUUCCAACGUGGCUGCCAUGCAACUGACACAGACACAAGUGGAAGGAUGUACAAGAGGGCACCACUGCUGCUGAGAAGAGAGAAGGAAUAGAAAAAAACUCCCCAAAAAAAAUAUUAUUGAGGCAAUAAAUACAAUGUUCCUCUCAAGGCACAAUUAUAUUUAAGUGGACAAGUGUUUUGCUUUGUUUUUUGGAAUCCUUUCUCAUUCCUUAUCUACAGAGUUGUCUAGGUCAUUGAAUAGAAAGCGAUAUUUUUAAGUGUUUAGAUUUUUUUUCUCAUCAUGUUUGGUUGUAUCCCCGUUUAUCAGAGUUGUGUUUUGUGCCUUAACCUCCAGGUUUACCCCCCAAUAAUUUAAGUAUUUUUUGAAGAAAGGGAAGAAAAAAAUGUUAUAGCCUUGAAUUUGUUUUUCUCCUGUGAUUAGAAAAAAAUGUGAAGAAAAAAAAAAGUAAAAUAUUGAAAAAUAGUAUUAUUGGGGAAGGCGUAAUAUAAUAGGUGACGUCCCCCCCAAAAAAAAUAGAGAACCAGUGUUAAAGUUUAGUUCACUGGGGAGGGAAGAAAGGUGGUACACUAAUAACUUUGUAGAAAUGAAGGGGAAGCGAGAUUUGUUUUAAUUCAUUUUGACAUCUCUCGCAGACGUUUGUGGUCUCCUUAAUAUGCCGGCAGUGCCUGUGAUUUUGUAAACAAUGCAAGAGGAAAUAUUUUUAUUUUCCACUGUGAAUUUCAGUGUAGGAUGAGCUCCCCUCCCUCCCCUCUCUUUAUCCAGUUUACUCAGCCCUGUACUUUUCAGUCGGGAGCGGAAAUCUGCAGCGAGACAGUUCCGAACCUCAGAUCGACGGGCUCCUGUGUGUCUGAGGAGUUUUUUAAGUCACUUCCAAAGCCUCGCCAGUGACCUCCAGAUGUCACAAUCCUCUGGCUAUUGUGGGAAGCUGGCUGACGGCAGAGAGCAUGGCCUCGCCGCCCGGAGCGAGAGCUGGCUGGGAGUCCUGGAGUGACGGGCUGACUGGAUGUCCCUUCCCUUAAAAGGAGCAGCACAUGACGGAGCAGCACAUGGCGGACCCGCCAUCCCUCACAACCAUUGCAGGCUCGACAGCAGCCCUGAAACGGGAUCCUCCUCUGACGCAGCUCAGCAACCGGCUCUCUUAACUGCAGGCUGUCUAUAAUUAUCCUUUUUUUCCCCUGCGGGAGGUAUCUUGGGAGCAGGGCGCUGGGGAUGGGUGUGCGAGCAGCAGCAGCCUCGCCACCUUACAUGUGUGGGGAGCUGAGUCACUUCCUGUCCUCUCCUAUCCGGUGUUUGAACCCCUUUUGUGGUCAUGGCAGCACAGACGCCGAGGAGUGCGAGUGGUAUGUUAAAAGAAAUGCCAGUGGGAUGUCGCUCCCCUUUCGGACUUGGAGUUUGAGAUAUCCUGGAAGCUACAACUGACUUGAGUCACAAGGCCCCCCCGUUCCCAUGAGUUGCCCCCCCAAAACCUAUUAUUAGCUGUUAAUUUUGAACAUUGCAGUGAGGCAUUACUAGCAGAUGGCCUUAGCUGUGACUUUAAACCUGUCAUCACUCUGUAGCAUCCAGGUCUGAGAGGAGAAAAGUUGCUCUUAUCUAAGUGACAACUGCUGCGUCUCAGUUAUUCCUGCUCGCCGCUGCUCAUCUCACGGCUGCUGUUUAUACCAGAUAACCAGGAGCGUCUCUCUUAUCUGUUCUGACUGGAUAGAAGAAUUAUUAGAUGGUCAGCGUGGCCUCCCCUGCAUGUCACACCCCGGGGUCAGGGCAUGCUCUGCUGGCGUAGCUUCAAAACUUUGGUAUGGGAACUGCCGUAGCCUUUUUUUAACAACAAGAGGUGCCACACACACUGUCUCACUCUGGACCAAAGUUACAACCAGCAACUCAAGCACUCAAGUGCCUUUUGGAGAGCUUUUUUAAAGGGUUUUUUAAACGGUGAUCAGGAGGGAAAGCUUUUUUUCAACCCCUUUAAACCUCGUGAAACUUGGCUUUCAUUGUAGUUUAUCUGAGAAUACAUACAUCUCUAGUUGGGGAGCAAAAUAAUUUUGGUUUGAAUUUUCGUAUUUUAUGUUUUUUCCCGUUUUUGUCUUUUAGGUUCAGUCGUCACAGUCGUUUCGUUUUACUCCCUUCUUUGUCUUUUCCUACAAGUUUGGGCCUUGCUGUCACUGGCAGCCAUGUUGACCUCAGUCGUGCCUGAAUGCCUGCUUUUUUUUAAACAGACAUUAUAUAUUUAAUGGACUGCCUAGCUCCACCAUUGUAGCUCCAUCUGCUCCGAAGCAACCUGGCUUGAUUUGUUUUGCCGACAGUUUUUGUCCCCCAAUCCAAACCAAAGCAAUACCCAGUAGUGCACUGACGAGCCAUACUUUUGGCACAGUAGCUGGAGGUCACCCAGCAGAGACCCCAUACUAAACAGAAGCACUUUAAAGAGGCCUUGUUUUACUCCAAACCCAGUCACCUGAGAGGAAUGUAAAUAAACUAAUGUGGUCAAUUGCUGGAGGGAGUUGAGCUGGUUCUCAGGGACAUAAUGUGUUUUUGAGGGCUUUGUUUUGUCCCCUUUUUUUAUUUCGGGAGGGUUUAAUCUGCCCUUGACAUUGAGACGUCCCCUCCGAAUACUCACCUUCGUUUUCUUUUCUUCUCUCUGUGUUAAUUGUGACUCUUCUUACCCAGAACUGCAGGAUCUUAUUGGAGUAGAUCCUGCCUGAAGGUGAAGGUAGCCAGCAGACUUUAGCGCGCUGACAGCUUGACAGCAGUGCUGGGUUUUAUCUGUGCAUCCAUUUGCUCUGAAACCUUAUCAUCACUCACUCUUAACUGGAUUCAUCACCACACUCUUAACCCCAACAUGAGCUUUUCUUUGUUUGAAAGCCAGGGGACAAAACAUUGAUUUAGCGCUAAAGAAUCUCAAUCAUUCCCCAGUUUGUUUAUCCCCUCUUGAGUGAUGAUAAAUUGGUUUAUUAUUAAAGCUUAAAGCCACGUUCAAAAACCAGCAGCUGCAGGUUGAAGUCUGCAGAGCGAGAUGAGUCCCUUCUUUGGGCUUUUUGUUGACGUCGCUCACUAAAAAAUAGCUUUGAGCGGCAUCAAAGAAGAUGCAAAAAAACUUGCAUUUUCUAGACAGUCGAUGGUGAACGCAGCCUGGAUUGUAAAUCCUCUGCGUUUUCUCUACCUUCAUGUGUUUACGGUUGUUUUUUUUCUGAUGACUGAAAAUGUGUGCCUGUUAAUGAGAGCUUUACCUUCCCCCACUGGAUGAGAGUGGGGCGCAGCACAUGCUAAAUCACUUCCUUCAUCAGGGUUGAUGUAUGUAUGUCGAUGUAUGAUGUUUUUGUGCAAAAAAAAAGGAAAAAAAAGAGGAUGAAGUGUAUUUUGCCUUUUUUAUUUUCUGACCCCCACUUUUCUUUUUCUGCUGUAAACUACGUAUUGAUGCCGUUGCUGCUCUCACUCCCCUUGCCUUUGGUUGUCCCACUUGUUUGGGCUUUUGUUUAUUAGUACAGCGUGUUUUUUUUAUUUAUGACACCUGUAGAUGUAUUCUUUGCUGGAGGGGGUGCAGAGCAAGCUGUGGAUUCAAUAUUUAGUGGUUGCGCUUGUCUAGAGUACAAGUCUUACCGUAGGAAUGUGACGGAGGCUCUCCUACACUUUCCUAUAUGAUGGAUUUAUUUGCAGCAGAUUUGUGUUUACGUUAAUGCGUGGAGGUGUGUGUGCUUGUUUGCAUGUGUGUAUGAAGGGAUGCCUGUUGCUAUACGAGUUUAAAAAAGUGAGGGGAAAAUAUGAAAUUUGUCGCACUAUCUAUAUAUUUUUUUGAAAUAGUUAAUGCAAAAAGAGCUUUUUUGUCAGCUUCGUGAUUGUGACGAUGAGUUUGAUGGUUACAACCAUUAUACUAUUUCAUUUUUCAGGACUUUUACCUCACUUGAGUUUUUCCUUUUGAAUGGAAAUGUACAUCAGGAAAAUGUGUUUGAAGAGGAAAUAAUGAAUAAAAAAAGAGUAUUAAAUGCAA